AUGCUGCCUUCUAUCAACACCCCUGAAUGGAAAACUGUCGCUGAUGCUAAGAGAGCACUGGUGCUUGCUGAGAUUCCUGAAGAAUGGAGACUCUCUAACGAUGUCAUUGAAAAAUACAACGAUCCCACCAAGCAUCAACUGGUGAUGGAUGUCCCCAAGCAAUACUUAACUGCCGAAGAGCUUGAAAUUACCGAACACGACGACUCUCAACAGCUUUUGUCAAAGAUUCAUGCCGGCCAAUACACCUCGCUUCAAGUGUACCGUGCCUUCGCCCACAGAGUCGCCAUCGCCGCUCAAUUGCUUAACUGUUGCACCGAAAUUAUGUUCGAAUUCGGUGAAAAGACUGCCAAGGAAUUGGAUGCCUACUUCCAACAACACGGCAAGCCUAAGGGGCCCUUCCAUGGGUUGCCCAUCUCAGUGAAGGACUGUUUCAAUGUUAAGGGCUACGAUUCCGUCGUCGGGAUGGUCUGUCACGUUGGGAACAAGGACGAAUUGGUUCAGUCGGCUUGGGUCGACCUUUUGUUGGAUCAAGGUGCCAUUAUUUAUGUCAAGUCUAAUGUCCCCAUGUCGAUGAUGUCGAGUGACUCCGAAAACAACGUCAAUGGAAAGACUCUCAAUCCGUUGGGUACGGACUGGUCCUCGGGUGGUUCUUCUGGUGGUGAAGGUGCUAUCGUCGCCUUUAAGGGUGCUAUGAUUGGUGUAGGUACCGACAUUGCUGGCUCUAUUCGAUUCCCUGCCGCCAACCAAGAACUCUUUGGGUUCAAGCCUUCAUCCGACAGAUUACCCUACAAAAACCAAAAAGCUGGUGGUAACCCCAACUUCAUGGGUUUCAAGCCUGUCGCUGGUCCUCUUGCCAGAUCGGCCAAUGACAUCGAAUUUUUCAUGAAGACUGUGUUAGACGCAAAACCUUGGGUUUACGACCCCGUGGUGUUGCCUUUCGGCUACCAAAAGGUGGAAGUCCCCGAAAAGUUGAACAUUGGUGUCAUUCUCAAGGAAGAAGGAGACUCUAAGGAUCUCGCUGUAGACCAAGAUGUUCAAGACAUGGUCCAAUCUGCCGCUAACAAGUUGCAAGCUGCCGGCCACAACGUGAAGACUGCUACCAACCACCCUUCGUUUGCUGGCAAGUGGGACUUUGGUACCGAGUUUUUUGAAAUUAAGGUCAAGGGUGUUAUUACUGCUCUUGAUAAGAUCAAAGCGAGCGGUGAACCUAUUAUCCCUUCGUUGGGCUACAUGAACUUGGACCCCCCUUUCACUCCUAUUGAAGAGAUUGUCAGACUCAAGAAAGAAUUGGUGAUUUUGUACCUGCAAUGGCAAGACUACUUCCAAGAACAACAAAUCGACAUGUUGUUGAUGCCUCUUACCAGGCAAAAGAAGUGGAAGCACGACGAGUUCUUGCACCAAGAGUCGCCUUACUCGAUCACUUGGAAUGAAGUUGACUUUGCUGCUGCCGUUGUGCCCCACGAUGGCGGGUGUGUGCAACUUGUAUGCCCCCGGUUAAUGGAAGAAAAGUUAGUGCUGAUGAUCAAGCAAGUUGAUGCUGCCAUCAACUGA